ACGUGUUAAGAUACGCCAGAGCGAAACCUCCGCUCUCGCCAAGGCAGAGAGGUGUUUUUGUACUACGCGCCGGUGACUGCUCACCCCUGUCUUUACGCUUCUCCGUCAGAUGUAUGAAGGAUAACAUGACAGUCCGUUGAUUGUGCCAAGAAGAUGCUCGUCACUCUGUUGCUGGUGUUGUCCACAGCCAGCGGAGCUGUAACUGACCUUUCAGUGACUGAGACAUCUGCUCGCGCGGGACGUGAUGUAGCCGUUGCGCCGGUGCCGUCCCCCACAGCUCCUCAUCUUCUUUCCGAAGAGCGUAGUGAUGCUGCUGGGAUAGCUUUAGCAAGGUCCGCAGACUCGUGCGAGCCACCUACGACCGAAUCGUCUCACCACGGUGGGGGAUACCAAAUUGUUAAGUGGGAAUGGAAUUACGUGCAGACACCUUACAUCAUCGCCAUAUGGAUUCUGGUCGCCAGUGUCGCGAAAAUACUGUUCCACUUCUCCCACCGGUUCACGACCGUGGUUCCGGAAAGCUGCCUCCUGAUCCUCCUGGGCCUGGUCCUGGGCGGGAUCGUCCUGGUGGCCAACAAGAAGCAGCUGUACCAGCUGGAGCCCAGCCUCUUCUUCCUCUUCCUGCUGCCCACCAUCGUCGGGGAUGCCGGCUACUUCAUGCCCAGCCGCCUGUUCUUCGAUAACCUGGGCGCCAUCCUCAUGUACGCCGUGGUGGGCACCCUGUGGAACGCCUUCUGUACGGGCUUCAGCCUGUAUGGGGUGAAGUUGGCUGGCAUAAUCGAUGAGAAGGUGGAGGCGGGGAUGAUGGAGUUCCUGCUGUUCGGGGCGCUGAUCUCAGCUGUGGACCCUGUGGCGGUGCUGGCCGUGUUCGAGGAAGUUCACGUCAACGAUACGCUCUUCAUCAUCGUGUUCGGCGAGUCACUGGUCAACGACGCUGUCACGGUGGUCUUAUAUAAAGUUUACAUCUCUUUUGUGGAGGUGGGACCUGGGAAUAUUGACACGGCAGAUUAUUUUAAAGGAAUUGCCUCCUUCCUCGUCGUCAACAUUGGGGGGACAGUAGUCGGCCUGAUCUUCGCCUUCAUCCUGGCCUUCAUCACACGCUUCACCAAAAAGGUGCGCAUCAUCGAGCCCCUCUUCAUCUUCCUGCUGGUCUACCUGGCCUACCUGACGGCCGAGCUCCUCUCGUUGUCGGCCAUCCUCUCCAUGACCUUCUGUGGCAUAGGCUGCAACAAGUAUGUGGAGGCCAACAUUUCCCAGAAGUCCCGCACCACAGUCAAAUACACCAUGAAGACACUGGCCAGCAUCGCAGAGACCAUCAUCUUCAUCUUCCUGGGGAUCUCUGCGGUGGAUCAGUCCAAGUGGGCCUGGGACACAGGCCUGGUUGCCUGCACACUCAUCUUCAUCCUGCUGUUCAGAGCUAUAGGUGUUGUUAUGCAGACCUGGGUGUUGAACCGGUUCAGACUGGUUCCGCUCGACAAGAUUGACCAAGUGGUGAUGUCGUACGGUGGCCUGAGAGGAGCAGUCGCAUUUGCAUUGGUUAUAUUGCUCAAGACUAAGCAUGUGAAAGCAAAGGACUACUUUGUGGCAACCACAAUCAUCGUGAUUUUCUUCACAGUCAUGUUUCAGGGCCUGACCAUCAAGCCUCUGGUGAAGUGGCUGAAGGUUCCCCGCAGCACGAACCGCAAGCCCACCAUCAACGAGGAAAUCCACGAGAGGGCAUUUGACCACAUCCUGACUGCAGUGGAAGACAUCGCUGGGCUGAAUGGCUACCACCACUGGAGAGACAAGUGGGAACAGUUUGACAAGAACUAUCUGAGUAAACUACUGAUGCGAAAGUCUGUGUACCACAAAGGUGAACUCUGGGAAGUGUACCAGAAGAUCAACAUCAGAGAUGCCAUCAGCCUCAUAGAUCAGGGGGGAAAUGUGCUGACUUCUGCCAGGCUCUCUCUGCCAUCCAUGGCCAGCAGGACCUCAUUCUCAGACGUCACCAACGUCUCCAACUACCUACGGGGGAAUGAGAGUGGAGUGUGUCUGGACCUGCAGGUCAUUGACAUGGUCCCAAGCGGGAAGGUGGAGGAGGAGACAGAGACUCACCAUCUCCUGGCGGGGAACCUGUACAAGCCUCGGCGAAGGUAUCAGGCCCACUACAGCCGUCACUUCAUGACGGUGGGGGACAAGGAGAGGCAGGACCGGGAGGUGUUCCAGAGGAACAUGCGCAGCCGCCUCGAGUCCUUCAAGUCCACCCGUCACAAGGGCAAGGGUCGUCACAAGAAGGAGCGCAGCCAGAAAAAGCGCAAGGGUUCAGACGCAAAGGAGCUAGAUGUCAAUGGCAAGCCAAGAAGAAAUGUCAGCUGGCAAGACACAGCUCCGGUGGUCCUAACCGCAGAAUCAGAGGAAGAGAAGAGUGAAAACUCUGAUCAAGAGAAGGAAGAGGAUAUAGGCAUCACCUUUGUGGCCCGCAAGGCAGAAGAAAUCUCAAAGGUGGAACCAAAUUCAGCCUCAGCGUCAAUGGAGGUGUGUCAGAGUCCCUCCGUCAUGCCCCCGUCUCCCACCAGUGCGGAGAAACACCUGCCCUGGAAGGGGGACGGAGGCACCCUCCCCGUCUGCGUCUCCAUGGAGACCACUAAGAUCAUUCCCAUUGACCUGCAGCAGGCCUGGAACCAGAGCAUCUCGUCCCUGGAGAGCCUGGCCUCCCCUCCCGUGCUGGCCGAGCCGCAGCACCCGCGGGUGACUGCCAUCUGCAGGCAGGAGGGGGUAUGGCCGGGAGGCGCGGCCCCCGCGCUCAGCGCCCGCUUCCAGUACCCAGGCGAGGAGGAGGAGGAUCCCCAGUCCCCGCAGCAGCAGGAGGUGCAGCCACUCAUGAGCUCCGGCAGACCUCCUCCGCAGCCUCCCCUUCCCUCGCAAGGAGGUGCGGGGAGGAAACCCCCCGCGUUUAACAGGAACCCCUGUGGGUAUCUGAGGAACCUGGUGACGGCGCCCCCUCCUGGCAGCGAGGCGCGUAGCAGAGGACCCACACAGCUGUAGCGGCUGAAGCUACAGCGCACACCGAGACCCUGCCUGCACCACACCCACACCUGUGUGUCUGCCUCGCUCAUGCUAAUUCCUCCACACGAUAUCUACCCUUUGUGUUAAAUUAUUUUCAUUUUCAUUUUAAUAAGUUGGCCUAAUGUUGUGCAUACUUCUGAUUAUCCUACUUCUGAACAUCUUUUUUUUUUAGCGUAGCCCAGAAUCUUGUGUCUUCAAUGUUCUCUUCUGGGUGGAUGUGCUGGAGAAAUGGGAGAAUUGUGCAGGUAGACAGGGCACCUCUUUGCAGGGAAAGCUGCUUACACACAGUAUGAAAUGAUGUCACAAUGUCAAAUAAUGUCAGUUACCGUAGGUGUUUUCAGUUUGGUCAUUUCAGAUGCUCGUACCCAAAUUUGUAUUUUUAGCCUACAUUUGGGGAGGUACGCAUGUUAAAAGGGGCUUAUUGUCACAUUCUCAAUGAUGUUUUAACUGGACAGAUGCUGCUUGUGAUAAAAUGCAGUAGCCCUGUUUGAUUUUAUCCUGAAACUUAAAUGUUGGAAAGAGGCAAGAGUCCUGCAGUCUCAAAAUAGUCCAAAUAGGCAUUGUCUUUCCCUUCUGGGCAUUAGAAUGAGGGCAGAGCUCCACUCUUUUCUCUGAUUCAAAUAAUUCAAGAUUUAAUAAAACAUUUAUAUAUAACCCUGAGCAGUAAUAUUUACUCUCCCCCCCUUAUGUAUUGAUCGACAAGAUAAAUGCAACUUUACAGAGAGGAGUAUCACAGUGUCUCUGAAAGUUUGGAUGAUGCACAAACAAUCUUGAGAAUUUUUAGGUAAAUAUUCAUUAUUCUUUUCACAGGGGAGCCAUUUACACUCAUCAUGUACAGCUUUGGCAUCGAUUUCGAUUUUUCCCAUGAGGUGACUGAAAAGCAGCAAUUAAAUCAUCAUGUUUAUCAGUACUCUUAUUUAUUUGUGAACUAUGAAUACAGCCUUAUUUAUGAGCGCCAUGUUAUCUUUAUAUAUUUUUUCAUUAAUAUUGAUGGAAAGAUUCAAACAAAGAAUUAAUUACCAAAGUGAACAACAAUGAAUGUUUCUUGUGUAUUGUCAAUCAUUGCUGCAUUCUACUGUAUCAUUUUAUGUUUGAAAUUGUUGUUGUCACUGAUGUAACUGAUUGAGUAUUGAUGUACUGACAUGGUAUAUAGAGGCUUAAACAGUGGCAUCAUACAGUGCCUAAUCAAGGUUAUUUGACAAGAAAUCUUGAUGAUAUUUUACAAUACUGUACUACCAUUGAUUUUCUGAGUAAUAUGCACACAAUACAUGCUUAUCUAUUCAGUACAAAUAGACAUAAAUUAACACACACACACACACACACACACACACACACACAGAAAUGGAGGGAGAGCAUACAAUUUAACUUUUGACUGUAGAUAAAUUAUCCUCAGCAUUUCAACUUGUACAAAUUGUGUGACUAAUGUAGUAACAUGUCAGUAUUGUGCAAGCAUUUAUUGUGGGCAUAUUGACUGGCUACAUUUGACAAAAAAGAAAAAGGAAGGACUGGAAAAAAUUGGAAGGAGGAGUCCGCCUUUGUGUGCUUUCAUAGUUUAAAAUCCUACUGUCUGAAUCAGUGCGCUUGCCUAUUAUUGAGUGCACAAGUUUCGUACAAGUUCAUGAAACAACUUCUACACUCAAUAGGCAAGUGUGUUGAUUCGGACAUGGAUAUUGUUGCCAUGCCAUUCCCUGCCAGUGACUUCUUGUGGUUCCAACUUAAAUGUUAAUAUAGCCUACCAACUUAACAGACAGUAUGAUGCAAAUAUUGCAUGCGAGCUACAGUUUAGGCCUACUCACUUUGAAAUUAAUUUACUUGAGGCCAAACACUGUUCACCACCAUAUAGAAAAUGCAACACUCAGCACACAUUCACAUACAAAUUAAUGUGAACAUGUAAGAAAGCCAUGGCGUACAAUAUGUUUUUCGUAUGGUAAGUAAUAUGUUUGAAAUAACAUUGUAGUAGACAGCAGUGUAGAACAUGGGAUGGAUUUUGAGUCAACAGAGCCACUAGGUUGCUACUUGUGCCACUAGGUUCUUGAAUUUCCUUUUGUAUACAAUUGUCUCAUUACCUAAGUAAAAUCCCCCGAGAAUGCAGGUAACAGGAUGACAAGGUAUGCACUAGCAUGGGAGGUCGUGCCUUCAAAAAGGUGUAGACCCAAACUAUGAAAGAGGGUCCUGGAAAUAAAUCGUAGUGCCUGGCGUUGUGUGCGGCCGUGUGCCACGGCAACUGUCUGUAAUAUUAACUAGCAAGGUUCUCCACGGAUUACAUAUGCAAAGAAUGUUGUACUGGCCUAACAAAACAAAAAAACACUUCUGAUUUUAAAUGUGUCUUUUUCAAUGGUAUGAUUGUUAUGUAGAAACUGAAUGGAAAAACAUCGCUGUGUCAAAUGUUCACUUGAAACGUCCUCAUGGGUCCAACAAUAAAAUAUGGUUAAAAUAAA